GGGAGGAUUGGAGUUUCAUUAUGGCAAAAAUUGCCCAAUGGGGCGGGUUGGAGGGUUGGAGAUGGCCUAAUUGCGAGACCUCUGCGUGUUUUUUCUUUAUUAUGGAGUUUCAGAGUCCCAACUCAGAGAAAAAUUUGAGCUCUCCAAUGAAUUUGUUCAAUCACAGUGAAUAUAUAGCUAACGAAAACGGGGGGAAAUCCAUCAUUUUCACCCAAAACAAUCCAAUUAACCAACCCUAUCAUCGAACCUGCAAACCAACAGCUACAAUCAACUGCCGCCGCUUCAUUAUCCAACACAGGAAUCACCAUUCUAAUGACAAUGCCGAGAAAUUUGACAUCCCCUCUACCGUAUCUCAACAACAUCAGGAAAUUCAGCAACAACAACAACAGCACCCAAAUGCAGAUUCAACAGCAGCAGAAUAAUAAUAGUAGUAUUAGCAGCAGCAGCAGUAACAAAUAGGUCAGAUGGAUAGUGGGAAUUUAACUAAUCAGCUGCCUAUGUUGUAAGCACAUGCUGUUGCAGCUACUGCCAGUUUAAUAUCAUCUUCUGGCUUCGCCACGGCAGAAGACAGGAUAACAGGACUAAUGCCGGAUUCUCAGUUUCAUAAUUGGACUUCUCAUGGACAGACUUUUCAGGGAAUGCAAGCAAUGGGAAUAAUGAGACCUCUCAAUUUGAGCUCUUAACUGAGAGCAAAUUGGGCCCUUACAUAUGCCCAUCAAAGGAUGAACCAAGGUCAACCGAGGCAGAAGUUGUCUCAGCGAACUUCCUUAACCACCAGUCAGAAGGACAUCAUUUGUGAACCCUUGGUUACCUGGUUGAACCAGAAUGGACAAUUUGCUUUAAUUCAGAAUGCUUCAUCACAAUAGCAGUGGUUGAAGCAAACGCCUACAAUUUCUUCUCCAAAUUCCCACUCUUAACAUCUUCAACAGCAGAGGCAGCACCAAAUUCUUAUGCAGCAAUAAUUAGCUUCUUCUCAACAGUUGCAUCAAAAUUCAAUGGGUUUGAACCCACAACAGUUAUCCCAAAGUGUACAGCAGCAGCAACAACUGGGGCAUCCUCAGAUGUAUCAACAGCAGCAGCAACAACAACCUCAGCAGCUUUUGCAUCAGCAGCCGUCUUCUCCAACACUGGCUAUCACUACUGGCUUAAAGUCUCUGAGUUUGACUGGAUCAGAACCCGACAAUGGAUCUGGAACAACGAGUUCUGGGGGAAGUUCAAGCCAAGGGACUGAAGCAAACAUUCAGCUUCUUGGGAAGAGAAAGAUACAAGAUUUGGUUUUACAGGUGGAUUCUCGGGGAAAGCUUGAUCCUGAAGUUGAAGAUCUUCUUUUAGAGAUUGCUGAUGACUUCAUUGAUUCGGUUACUACAUUUGCUUGCAAUUUGGCAAAGCAUCGGAAAUCUUCGACUCUGGAGUCCAAGGAUGUAUUGUUACAUUUAGAGAAAAAUUGGCAUUUGACUGUUCCGGGCUAUUCAACCGAGGAUAAGAAACACGAUUCAGAACAUUCACCAAGUGAUCUCCACAAAGAGCGUUCGGAAAUGAUAUACACCAUGAUGGAGGCCGCACAAGAUGAAGCAAGUACAAGUAGUAGCACUGAGGAGACCGUCAGUCCGGGGCUGGGUGACCAUGUUGGUUCGAGUGACAUUGUCGGACCGCAAAGUGCGGAGCAAUUGGUUUCACAGUCUAAUGGUCAGAUAUAGUUUUCCCUGGAAUUUGGUAUACCCCUCACUUCACUGUAAUAAAGACUUCUAGAAUGAGGUCAACUAUAGUUUUGCUUGUCUGACUGAAGAACUUAAACAUAGCCUGUUUUGAAUUUGCACUCCCGUUUAUGUUAUUUGCAUGGUUUCUUGUUCUCCCA